AAUUUAUUUUAUAGAAGUAGAAGACAGAAGACGCAACAACACAACACACUGAUUUUGUUGAUUCAAUUUAAAUUUUGGUUAUAUUUUUUAAAUUUGGUCUACUAAAAACCAAGCUAUAUUUAUUAAUAAGUAACACAAAAUUCAAUUAUGUAUUAUUUUAAGUAAUAAAGAAUUUUUAGACUUUGCUAAUGACAAGUGACACCUAGACUGGAAUGAGGAAUGUUGAAGUACCGUUAGCUAGCGCCAAUGACCCUGUUAUUUGUUAUUUAUAAACUAUUUGUAUAUUAAGGCGUGCAUUUAAUGAAAUGUAUGUAGAGCUCAGUUUUAAUUGAAGUCUUCUGCAAUGAUUUCAUCAUUACCACGUGUUUCAAGUAAUAUCAUUUAUUGAGUUUAUUGAUAGAAACAGAUACCGUAGGAGUUGAGAUGGAACUUGAGAAAGAGAGUAAAACAAAAAAGAAUAAGAUAGGUGUAAAAACUAAACUUUUAAAAAAGAAAACUGUUGAGGAUUCUUUGAAGGAAAAAACUUUGAUAUCUGGUGUUGAUUUGUUGGAUAAUUCAACGGAAUACCAGAGAGAUGAGGGUGAUGGAGAAUCUAUAAGUGAUCAAGACUCUAUUGCGUUUGAAAAAGACGCAAUGAAGUCCGAUAGGAGUAGCACUGAUGAGAUGGAGAAGCUCCAGAAAAAGCCUUUGAAAGUUAACAUAGAAAUUGAUGUUAUCUCUACAAUGUUAUUUGCAGCAGCUGUAGUUACUAGAUUUUAUAAACUUGAGGAACCUCGGAAUAUUGUAUUUGAUGAAUUGCAUUAUGGGAAAUAUGUCAGUCUCUACAUGAGAAGAACAUUCUUUUUCGAUUCACACCCUCCACUAGGAAAACAAUUGAUUGCUGCAGUCGCUUACAUUGCAGGAUUCAAUGGUAACUUCAAAUUUGACUCUAUCGGAAGUCCGUACAAAGAAGAAGUUCCUCUUUUUGCGUUGCGGCUGGUGCCGGCCGUCUGCGGCAGUCUAUUGGUGCCCUCCGUCUAUCACUUCAUGCUAGAGUUGGGCUGCAAACAGUGGACUGCAGCGCUGGCUGCCUUUCUCAUAUUAUGCGAUAAUGCGGUUCUGACGCAGUCGAGGUUCAUACUGAUGGAGUCGAUGCUGUUGGUAUUCACUCUGUAUGGAAUGUUUUGUGUGCUGCGGUUCCGCAAAAUGAAAAGUCAGGCCUACAGCUGGCAAUGGUGGCUUUGGUUGUCAUUGGCUUCAAUUUCAUUAACUCUGGCACUAUGUGUAAAGUAUGUGGGAUUCUUCUCGUGUUGCCUGGGUAUGGCUUUGCUGUGGUGGGACUACUGGAUCCUGCUGGGCAACCGGCUACUCAGUGAUAGCGCGCUCAUUUGGAACGCAGUAGUGCAGUGUUUUGUGACAGUAACCCUGUUUCUGGCUGUCUACUUCACAGUUUUCUACAUUCAUUUGGCCGUUCUGAGCAAAGCGGGGCCGCAUGACAGUGUCAUGACCAGUGCUUUUCAGGCUAGCCUCGAGGGAGGUUUGGCAUCGAUAACGAAAGGCCAGCCACUUCUGGUGAGUCAUGGCUCGCACAUCACGCUGCGUCACACGCACGGCCGCGCAUGCUGGCUGCAUUCGCAUAACCACGUCUAUCCAGUCCAGUACACCGACAAACGAGGCAGUUCACACCAGCAGCAGGUCACAUGCUACAGUUUCAAGGAUGUGAAUAACUGGUGGAUAGUGCGGCUACCGAAGAAGGACAACUUGCUGGUUUCUCAGCCGGUAGUGCCGAUCAAGCACGGAGAUGUGAUACAGUUGAUUCACGGAAUCACUCUCAGAGCACUCAAUUCGCACGAUGUCGCCGCUCCCAUGUCGCCUCAGAAUCAGGAAGUGAGCUGCUACAUUGAUUACAAUGUAUCGAUGCCUGCGCAGAACCUGUGGCGAGUCGACAUCACAAACAGGGACCAAGUGGGUGACGACUGGCAUGCUAUUCAAUCUCAGGUUCGUCUGUUGCACGUGGAUUCGAACCAAGCAUUGAAGUUCAGUGGACGUCAGCUGCCCGACUGGGGCUUCAAUCAGCACGAGAUUGUCACCGACCGCAUCAUCAAUCAGGACGAUUGUAUUUGGAAUGUCGAAGAGCACCGCUAUACAAAAAGUGAUGAUGAAAAGGAAAGAGAAAGAGAUCUUUUGAAUGCCGAAAUGAUACCACUAGCAGCCACAAAACUAUCUUUUUGGGAGAAAUUCCUGGAACUGCAGUACAAAAUGGUGUUCAUUGUGAAAGAGAAUGUUCAAAAUCACAUGUACAGCAGUGACCCCAUUGAAUGGCCCACACUCACCAGGGGCAUUGCCUACUGGGUUAGCUCCGAAGACAAUGGGCAAGUGCAUCUACUUGGGAAUAUAAUUGUGUGGUAUUCCGGUACAAUGAGCGUGAUAUUGUACUUUACAUUUUUCGUGUGGUAUUUGCUUCGAAGGAGGAGACGUUGCUACGAUCUUUCACCAGAAUCAUGGGAUCACUUUGUAGAAGUGGGAAAAGUAUUGUUUAUGGGAUAUUUGUUCCACUAUCUGCCUUUCUUUUUUGUGGAACAAACACUUUUUCUGCAUCAUUACCUUCCCGCCUUCACAUUCAAAGUUCUACUCACUGCAGCCUUCAUUGAGCACUUGUACGACUUAAUUUGUAUGAUUCCUGUAUUCUCGAUAUUCAGAAGAUUCUUCGAAGCAGUAUUGGGAGUUUGGAUUGUGAGUGUACUCUAUAUCUUCCAGAAGUUCAGUGUACUCAGCUACGGCACUGUGUCAUUGUCAGCAAAUGAUGUUCUCAAAUUGAGGUGGAAAGAUACGUGGGAUUUCAUCAUUCACAAAUAAUUUAUUCAAUCCAAUUACCAUCCAAUUCUGAAUGUAGAUCAAUGUACAUACAGCUAGUAUACAUGUGUUAGGAUCUGUGUACAACUGUGCAUGUCUCAUAAUCAAAGGAUUUCUCUCCCAAUAAUCAAAACUCCACACUCUUUCUCAGGAAGAAGAUACUUUUUAUCAAAAGACUUCAUAGCAAAACUAAAUCAACAUCAAAUUGGACCAAAUUAAACACGGCUUGUACUAAAACAAAAGUCAGUAGCCCCAUGUGUGCAGGGUUAUUUGUAUUUUAAAUGAGUUGUGUUUCUCCAUAAAUAGAAAAUAACUUGAAAUACAGCAGACGCGAUCUAGCGGCAUUUCAGAGCUGCUUGAACAAACUACGGCAGCAAGUUUGUCAGUCUGUAACUGCAGGAAAAGUCAGUUGAAAGCAAAGGUCAGGGGUGUUAUUCAUUAUUUUUUCAUUUAUUUAUUCUGUAUAUGCAACAACAGGCAGAAUAAUAAUGUGUAUCAUACAUUAAAAAAAGUCUCUCCAUGUAAAGUUUGAAGCUUAAUCCAUUUGUAAUAGAAUUUUAUGAAUACGAUUAUAGAGUUUGAACUUGAAAUAUAAUUGCAUGAAUCAAAUGCUGGGAGAUCUUUAACAUUCCUUUAGAAUUAAGACUUUUAUAAGUCGUAUAGAUUUAAAGAGCCAUGCAAGGUACAUGGAUGUGAGUUAUAUGUUAUAUAAACCCUGUCUAUCAAUUAUUGAUGUGGAGAUGUUAUUCCAAAUUGAUCAUUUAACAGUUUUUUCGAAUAACUUUGAAAAUGACUGAUGGAUGAAAGUUUUCCUUGUUGAAAUCAAGACUGAUCCCCUCGUUUCAUCGUAUCAACAAAAUUGAAAUCUGGAUUUAGGUAGAAGUAUCAGUUGGAUUUAUUACUUGUAUAAAAGUUGAGAGUAAAUUCUCUCUUGUGUAGAAUUACUUGAAUCACUCUGGUUUAAAGCAGACUUUCACAUAAAGUCUUGUUUUGAAACAUGCAUUUACUACUUUAAUUAUUACAUUAUUACAAAGUAUGUACUUUAUUACGUAUUUGAAAUGUUUUAGGGAAUUGUUUAAAAGUAGUACCUAUUAUGAGUUGACUUAUUCCAUUAAUGAGAGAUAUUCUACUUAUUUAUUAGUAAGUUUUAUUGUCUAUGAAACAUAUAUUUUGAUAUAAUAUAAAUUAUCAGUCGAUUGACUAAAAAAUGAUUAUGAUUGAAAAGCCAAAUAUUAUUAGUUUAUAAUAUUGGCUGACACCAAUAUGAUGAUUAAUAUUCCUUAAAGUUAGAAAAGGGAAUUUAAAUUGAAAGUUUUAUGUUACUAUAUUUCACUAAUUCACCUAUUAUCAAGAUUAAAAGAUUCGAAUAUAUCUCAAAAUUAUAAAAGUCUUCUUUUACUUUUUUAUGUUCACUUCUCAAGUUUUCGGAAACACUAUGUUAAUCAUAUGAAUUCCCCACCUGAAAAUUGUACUUUGUAUCUCAUAAGUUUAUUAGAGGCUAAGGUAAUGUAUAAAUUUAAUUAUUCUUUAAAUAAUUAGAAAAACAUAAUUUUAUUUUAUUAUGGAAUCUGCCCUAGAUUAUUUAGUAACAUUAGCCGUCAAUUUUAUUGCAUUUUUUUAAAA